AUGCUCGAUGCACGAAAGCGCCAUGAAGAAACCCUCCUGAAGCGAAGCACAGAUCUCAACACUGCUGCUAGAAGAUACCGAGAGAGACGAGGGCGACACCCGCCACCGGGCUUCGACCGCUGGUUCCAAGCAGCGAUGGAGACGGAUGCCAUUCACGUCGAAGACUACUUCGAUAGAAUAUACAAAGACCUGGCACCUUACUGGGCGCUUGAGCCCGAGGUACUGAAGCGAAGGGCCAGCAGUUGGCAUUUCGUGGUUAGAGUGCGUGGGGGGACUGCCACCAUGAAAGGCGAUGUCGAAGGCCGUGUAAUAUGGCUGCAACUAUGGAAUGCCCUAGUGGAAGAGUUUGCCGAACACUUACCAGACGUCGAUAUGCCCAUCAACUACAUGGAUGAAUCUCGGAUCCUCGUACCUUUUGAUAACAUUACGACGUUGAUAGACAAGGAAAAGAGGGAACGAAAGAUGGUUGAUAUCAAGGAGGUGACGACGGAGUUCAAGGGCCUUAAAGAGAUUGACGAGUCGAGCUCCGAAACGUACGAACCCGAGUGGCAUGGCCCUGACGAACAGUACUGGGAUGUGGCCGUCAAAACCUGUGGCCCGAAUACGCCUGCAUACGGAGUGAAGCAGGUGGCCGAUUUGUCUCAACCGAGCGAGUUUCCACAAAACUACAGACCGAGCUAUGCAUACAAGGGAUUCAUACAGAACUGGACAGCUGCUAUAGAUCCGUGUCUUCAGCCACACAUGAGACAGCUACAUGGCAGUCUCAUCGAGCCCGUUUCUAUUCGCUCUACCGAAGAGCUCAUCCCCUUGUUUGGCGGAUCGAAACUCCCGAUGAAUAAUGAGAUCCUCAUCCCCGGGGCAAUGUACCUGACAGAUAGAGAGUUCUACUCUGGUGGAGAUAGUCACGGACCGACAUGGGUGCGAAAGAAGACUCAACUUGUAUGGCGUGGGAUGGGGUCUGGCGGCCGCGCCAAGCCGCAUUCCUGGCACCACUUUCAACGACAUCGCCUCAUCGAUAUGCUGAACAGCACCUCCGUGUCCCGUGCAGAGGCUGAAGGUAGAGCGAUGACGUUUGAGCUCCCAUCGCACGAAAUAUACCCCGACUACCGAAUCAAGGACGGCCAGCUGGGCGAGUGGCUCAAAACGUUUGCUAACGCGGGCUUCGGUCUCCUCUGCCCAUACGAUGAGUGCGAAUGGUUGGGUACGUACUUCAAGGUGGUUAAAUCAAUCCCCAUGAAGAAGCAGUACCAAUACAAGUUUCUCCCGGAUGUGGAUGGCAACUCAUUCAGCGCACGAUUCCGUGGCUUCCUCCGAUCUACCAGUGUACCCCUGAAAGCUUCCAUCUAUACCGAAUGGCACGAUGACCGCCUUGUUCCUUGGCUACAUUUUAUCCCACUUGACAAUACAUUGCAAGAUCUGUUCCCCGCCCUCGACUUCUUCGCCGACGGUGACGGGCCUGGGGACAUGGCUGCCCGUUUCAUUGCUGAGAGCGGGAAGGACUGGGCUGAGGCAACACUCCGACGAGAGGAUAUGCGCUUGUAUGUGUGGCGCUUGUUACUUGAGUGGGCUAGAGGCCUCGUUAGCGAGCUAGAUACAAAGGUGCUUGGCGCGUUCUUUUGCUUGUAA